AUGUUGGCAAUUAUGGUAAGAUUUUAUCAACUGCAAAGUGAGAAGAGCGCACACAAUACAAAAAAAAUUUAUUCAGACAACCAUCAACUACUCAUCUCAUUUAUCAAUUCUAAAGCCCUCCAAACCAUGGCUAAGACAAUAAGACCGUCAUACUAUGAUGACGAUGAUAUUUCAUCUGAAGAUGAUUUCACAUAUUCACUGAAAACCAACAAAAAGUCAAGAGGUGAUGAAGAAGAUGACGAACUUUCAAGUAUAUCAUUUGGAGCACUUAAUAGAGCUCAAGCCAAACUACUGAAAAGAGAUUCUGAUGAUGAUGAAGAAGAAGAAGAAGAAGAGGAAUCAGCAGAUGAUGGAUUUUUCGAAGAUUCAGAUUCUGAUGGACCACCAGAAGAAUCAUCAUCUUCAAAUCGCCAUGGAAAUAAUGAUAAAAAGAAGAAGAAUAAACAUGCCCCAUCUGAAUCAUCAUCAAAACGACCAGUAUCAAGAAUAAGAGAUAUUCCUGGAUUACCAAGUAGAAGAGAACAAACUUUACAUACUGAUAUUAGAUUUGAUGCUGCUUAUGGUAAAGCAGAUUUGAGAAAGAUCAGAAAGGAUUAUGCAUUUUUAGAUGACUAUAGAAAGCAAGAAAUUUCAAAUAUGGAAGGUAUAUUACGUGAUAAAAAGAAUAGAUUAAAUGAUGAUGAAAGAGAAGAAAUUAAAUUACAGUUACAAUCAUUAAAAUCAAGAAUGGAUACUUUGAAGAAUAGAGAUUUAGAAGAAUCUAUUUUGAAAAAUUAUAAGAAACAACAAAUGGAUGAUUUCAAAUCUGGUAAAGUUAAUAAACCAUAUUUCCUUAAGCGUAGUGACAAAAGAAAGGUUUUACAAAAGGCUAAAUUUGAUAGUAUGAAACCUAAACAAAGAGAAAAGGCUAUGGAAAGAAAGAGAAAGAAAAGAUUGGGUAAAGAAUUCAAACAACUUGAAUUUAGACCAAAUAAUCGAUAG